AUGUCGAAAAUCAACAAUCUUGAGUAUGAUGCCCUCAAUCUAUCCGGAGACAAUUACCUUCAAUGGGCACUUUACACCAAGAUCAUCUUGAAAUCCAAAAACCUUGGUGCUUGUAUCACUGAUGGCAAUGAGUCAUCUGAGAAGGAUAGAUACAGUGCGAUCUUAAUCAUACGCCAUCACCUUGCUGAAAGUCUCAAAGACCAAUACCUCACUAGGACGGUGCUCUUACCAAAAGCCCUAUAUGAUUGGAGGAACCUAAGGAUCCAAGACUUUAAGUCUGUGGAUGAGUAUAACUCGGCUCUAUUCAAGAUAGUCUCAAAGUUGAAACUGUGUGGAGAGACUAUCACUGAUGCUGACAUGUUAGAGAAGACAUUCUCUACAUUCCACACAAGCAAUGUUUUGCUUCAGCAACAAUACCGAGAAAAGGGUUUCUCCACCUAUGCAAAUUUGAUCUCUUGUUUGUUGCUGGCUAAGCAAAACAAUGAGUUACUCGUGAGGAAUAGUGAGAUGAAGCCUCCUGGUGCUAAGGCAUUACCUGAGGCACAUGCGGCCAUAGAGCCAAAAGAUGAGUCUCCAAAGAAAGAUUCAAACCAUGGCCGUAUGAGAGGCCGUGGAAGAUGGCAAGGUCGUAACCGUGGGUUUCAACCACGUGACCGUGGGUUUCCACCACGUGAACACCUUGGUCGUAGCCGAGGCCGAGGAUAUGGCCGAGGAAAGAACCCUGUGGCCCAUUGGGUCCAUCAUGAUGAUGAGAAUGAUCUCGACCAUGAGGAUGUUCAAGCCCAUGACAAUGAUGAUCAGACUGAAUUUGAGACUUCAGAUAUCCUUAAAGAGGCCAAUUAA